GCCCACACGCAGUACCCCAGUGAUGCCGCCACCGGGCAAACCGGGCGCCAGCAGACAAGAUGCGGGAAAAGCGUAUGACGCUCUUCUACGGCCCCUCGGCCAGCAUCUACGAGGGAGCCUUCUCCGGCCGCUUCAACAACCACAGUGUCGUCGACAUCGUCCUCGAUGAUAUGCUCUACCUGGUGGACCCGCACUGGUACAGAUUCGAGCCGCUGCAUCCCGUGCACCUCAAGCUGCUCGCCUUCAUGCUGGGCACGCUCGGCAUGAUGUCCGUGACGGGCAACGGCAUGGUCAUCUACAUCUUUUCCACCACCAAGUCCCUGCGCACGCCCUCCAACCUCCUCGUCGUCAACCUGGCCGUGUCCGACUUCCUCAUGAUGUUCUGCAUGGUGCCGCCCAUGGUGUUCAACAGCUACUUCGAGACGUGGGUGCUAGGUCCAGCGUUUUGCGAGGUUUACGGAAUGUUCGGGUCCUUGUUCGGCUGCACAUCAAUAUGGACCAUGACUAUGAUAUCAUUGGACAGGUACAACGUCAUAGUGAAGGGGUUAUCAGCAAAACCGAUGACGACGAAAAAAGCCAUCCUCUGGAUAAUCUUCGUCUGGCUGAUAUCAUUAAAGUGGACCGUGUUCCCGGUGUUCGGAUGGAGCAGGUACGUUCCAGAGGGUAGCAUGACGACGUGUGGAGGCGACUACCUCAACAUCUCGUGGAUCAGCCGGAGCUACGUGAUUCUGUACGCCGUCAUGUGCUACUUCGUGCCGCUGGCCAUCAUCGUGUUCUCGUAUUACUACAUCGUCAAGGCGGUGGCUGCGCACGAGAAAAACAUGCGCGAGCAGGCGAAGAAGAUGAACAUUGCGUCGCUGCGCUCGCAGGACCAGGCCAGCUCGGAAAACAAACUGGCCAUGGUGGCCCUGAUGACCAUCUCGCUGUGGUUCAUGGCGUGGACGCCGUACCUGGUCAUCAACUUCGUCGGCGUCUUCGGCUACGGCCAAGAGAUCACGCCACUGUCCACGGUGUUCGCCACGCUCUUCGCCAAGGCCAACGCCGUGUACAACCCCAUCGUCUACGGAAUCAGCCACCCCAAGUACCGCGCGGCGCUGGCCAAGAGGUUCCCCAAGUUCUUCAGCCACAUGGCGGCCGGGGGCUCCACGGAGACCAGCGAGGUGGAGUCGGUGCAGUCGGUCGUCACCAGCCUGCCAGAGCACCAGGCGUGAUGAGGCACCGCGGCGCUCCGGCCUGGACGUCAACUUGGCCGACAAGUUGGUGGCGGAGUUGUUUCCCAGCCACGCGUCGCAUGCCUCGCACCUCCAGGGAACUUUCUCUUUUGUUUGGAAACCGGGCUAAUCAACGGACGACGAUUUCGGACUGCUCAACGGUGUUCCCCCUGUCCCUCGAAAACAAGCUAGCCAGCAGUUGUGAGUGAAAAUAAAAAUAAAGCUUUCACGUUGA